CCUGUCCUCCGAGCUGGCCGAGGUGUCUGUCCGCGGCGCGGGUGGCCGCGGCAUGGGGCGGGUGCAGCUCUUCGAGAUCAGCCUGCGCCAGGGCCGCGUCGUCUACUGCCCGGGGGAGACGCUGGUCGGGGUCGUGCGCGUGCGCCUGGCGGCUCCACUGCCCUUCCGAGCCAUCCGGGUGACCUGCACAGGAUCCUGCGGGAUCUCCAACAAGGCCAAUGAUGUGGCAUGGGUGGUGGAAGAGAGCUACUUCAACAGCUCCCUGUCGCUGGCUGACAAGGGGAGUCUACCUACAGGAGAGCACAACUUUCCCUUCCAGUUCCUGCUUCCAGCCACAGCACCCACAUCCUUUGAGGGUCCGUUCGGGAGGAUUGUGCACCAGGUGAGGGCUACCAUCGACACACCAAGGUUUUCCAAGGAUUACAAGUGCAGCCUUGUAUUCUACAUUUUGAACCCACUGAACCUGAACAGCAUCCCAGAUAUCGAGCAACCCAAUGUGGCCGCCACCACUAAGAAGUUCUCCUACAAGCUGGUGAAGACGGGCAGCGUGGUUCUCACAGCUAGCACUGAUCUUCGGGGCUACGUGGUGGGACAGGUGCUUCGGCUACAGGCCGACAUCGAGAACCAGUCUGGCAAGGACACAAGCCCUGUGGUGGCCAGUCUGCUGCAGAAAGUAUCAUACAAGGCCAAGCGCUGGAUCUAUGAUGUGCGGACCAUCGCCGAGGUGGAGGGUGCUGCUGUUAAGGCCUGGCGGCGUGCUCAGUGGCAAGAGCAGAUUCUGGUGCCUGCCUUGCCCCAGUCAGCCCUGCCAGGCUGCAGCCUCAUCCACGUCGACUACUACCUGCAGGUCUCCAUGAAGGUGCCUGAAGCCACUGUGACCCUCCCAGUCUUUGUCGGCAAUAUUGCUGUGAACCAAACCCCACUGAGUCCCCAGCCAGGCCCUGGGCCCCUUCCCAGAACCUCACCAUCAGUGGUGCCCUCGGCGCCACCUCAGGAGGAGGCCGAAGCUGCGGCUGCGGCUGGUGGACAGCACUUCUCUGACCUGGUCUCCCUCUGCACCAAAAGCCACUCACAGCAGCAGCCACUACCAGCUGGCUUGGGUUCUGCGCCUGGCGCCCCAGAGCUCUGUGCUCAGGAUGGCAACCCUGCCCCCGGCUCUCUGUACCCUCCUUUGUGCAUCUCUACAGGCGCCACCGUCCCUUACUUUGCAGAGGGCUCAGCGGGCCCUCUGCCCACCACCAGCGCCUUGAUUCUCCCCCCAGAGUAUAGCUCGUGGGGCUAUCCUUAUGGUGAGUGCAAAGUUGUGACUGGGUUGGGGGGAGAUAAGCUACAAGACCCUUGCAGACCCCACUCUGUCCCCCCAGAGGCUCCGCCAUCCUAUGAGCAGAGCUGCUGCAGUGCUGACCCUGGCCUGAGCCCCGGGAGCUGACCCUCCAGAGCUGACCUAUGCUGCCUUCUCUGAUGGGCCAGGCCUGUGCCCUGGGACAGGACACCCAGGGCCUUGUGCCUUUGCUCUCUGCCUGGCCCAGUCACUCAGGACUCAUGCCUGCCUAGGACCAGCCUCUCCUGGCUCCCCUAGAGUCGGCCCUCUUCUCCUGUGGACUGGGGGCUGGGGGUGGCAAGGGCUUGGAACCAGAAGAGACUGUAAAUAAAGCGCUUUAUUUGUGGAACUGGGCAGAGGCCCACUGGGCAAUCUGCCCGCCCAUGCCUUCCA